AUGCAUAAAGCUUACCAGCCACUUAAACCUGCAACUAAUAAAUACCUGCAGAAGAAAUGGGACCAGCAGCACUAUAAUGAGCAUCGAAGAAAGGUCAGGGAAGCCCAACCCAUAGUAGACACCAAAGGGAUCCGAACGCCAACACACAUUCAAGUAAAGCUGAAAAAGGCACAGAUUCAAGAGGAGAGGCAAGCCGUCAUCGACAGAGAUAACUGUCUCCUGGCAUCCAAACUAGCUGAUAUUCAACAUUCUAAAGGGCGAAUAGACCACAGGAACUUUUAUCCAGAGCAUAGUCUGAACUCUGAGAGAAGGAGAGCCGAGCUACUGCAGGUGACUCAUGAAAAUCAGAAGAUCUAUGAGCGGAUCACAGCACAGGAAUCUGAAUAUAGACGUGAACUGUGGGAAGAGGACUGGGCGAGGAACGAGCAAAGGCGAGAUGGUAUUACACGCUAUCCGCGAGGAGUAGCUGGUAAGCAGAAGUUGAAAAAAAGUGUCAAGUUUUUGGGAAGAGAAUCAGAAGGAACACCUAGCUCAUCCAGCAGAACAGAAGAUUGUGAAACUACAGAUGAAGAUCUCUAA